UUCACAGAAUUGUGAUGGAAACAUUGUGGAACACAUUUACAGGAAUUAAAAAUAUUUUUCAACUAAAUCCCUUAAGAACUGAUUCUCAAGCUUCUUUGAUUAGUGCAAAUUCAUCCAUUGAACAGGGAUUGGAUAAUCCUCAGUUUGACAAUAUACAAAAAGAUAACAGCAGUGUUAGUGACUUUGAAAAUAACUACAGUGUUCUUGAGAAUGAAAGUAUCACCCAUCGAGUGGAUAUUGAACAUCUUGGGGAUGAGUCUGUGGUGGAGUCUGUGAGUGUGGUUGAAGAACAACCCACAGCCGCUGCAGAUUCAUCAGCAUUGAUUCCCGCUAAUGAAGUUGUUGAGGAAGAAUCAAUUUGUGAAAAAAUCUGUUGGUGGAUAGCUGUUCUGGUUGAUGCAGGAAAUUUGAUUUGAGAUUUACUUCCAUAUUUAUGUUUAAUGAUUUAUAUGGUU